CGGCGCCGGGAUGGCGCGGUGCUGAAAGGCGCGGGGCGCGCGGCGGCGCGCGGCGGCGCGCGUGGGCCUCCCAGCGCCAUGUACAGAAAGCACCUCCAGGAGAUCCCAUCCUCUAGCACUAAUGUUUCCACCAGCUUGGAAUGGGACCCCGGCAAGACCUCGGAGCUUCUCUCGGGUAUGGGAGUGUCGGCCCUUAAGAAAGACAAGCUGGGCAAUGAGAACACACCACAGGACCUGUUGGUGUCGUCGCCCUGUCUUCCUCCAAAAAGGCAGAAGGUGAAGGACAAUGAAAAGGACUUUGUUAUCGUGCGCCGGCCAUGGCUGCUUCGAGAGGCAGAGUCAGGUAUUUCUUUGGAUGCACUUCCAGAUGAAUUGCUUCUGGCAAUCUUUGCUUAUUUGCCCCUAAAGGAUUUACUGAAAGUUUCUAUGAUUUGCAAGAGAUGGCAUCGACUUUCAUUUGAUGAAUCUCUCUGGCAGACUCUUGAUUUGACUGGUGGGAAUCUGCUGCCAGGAGUGCUUGGACAGUUGUUGCCCGCAGGUGUUACUGUGUUCCGCUGCCCGAGGUCUUGCAUUGGGGAUCCAUUGUUUAAAACAAGCAAUUUUCUUAAAAUUCAGCACCUGGAUUUGUCAAACUGCACAGUGUCUGCUGCAGAUCUCCACAGUAUUCUUUGUCUUUGUGAAAAGCUGCAGAACCUCAGCUUGGAGGGUCUAGUGCUUUCUGACAACAUCAUCAAAAGCCUUGCUAGAAAUCCCAGUUUGAUACGACUAAAUCUCUGUGGGUGCUCAGGGUUUUCUGCAGAAGCCUUGGAGCUGAUGUUGAGCAGUUGUUCUAUGCUGGAGGAGCUGAACUUGUCCUGGUGUGAAUUCACAGCCACUCACGUCAAAGCAGCAGUCAGUCAUGUUACUUCAAAGAUCACCCAGUUAAAUUUAAGUGGAUACAGAGAGAAUCUACAAAUAGCAGAUGUGAAAACGCUGGUGGAGAGAUGUCCUUUGCUUGUCCAUUUAGAUCUCAGUGACAGCAUGAUGUUAAAGCCUGAAUGUUUCCAGUAUUUUAAACAACUUGUAUUCCUACAACACCUGUGCCUUAGCCGAUGUUACCAGAUAUCACCUGCUGCCUUAGUAGAGCUUGGUGAAAUUCGAACACUGAAGACUCUUCAGGUAUUUGGAAUAGUGACUGAUAGCUCCCUGCAGCUCCUCGAGGAAGCACUACCCGACAUGAAGAUCAAUGGUUCACACUUUACCAGCAUUGCAAGGCCAACUGUUGGCAGUAAAAAGAACCAUGAGAUUUGGGGCAUCAAAUGCAGAUUGACACUGAGAAAUCCUAGUUGCUUGUGACCAUGUACAAUGCACUUGAUGCCAUGGACACACUGUGCGUUGAAGCUCCUUAGGGAAAAAAAGUGCUGGAGCACCUUUGAUCAUAGUACUGUUACUGUCUAACUUGGUAUUACACCCUAAUGUUGUUUCAUAAUAUUUUGUAUCAGUUUUUUGUACUUAAAGCCUUUAGAAAUUGAGGAUCUGUGAGCAAUAACAGAAUAUUUCUUUCAGCCUUUCUUUUUUAUAGGGGAUCUUUGAAAAAAAAAUAUGAAACAAAUCACCGUCAAGUGAUUUGAUAAGUACAAAUCAAUUACUUACAUUGGUAGGUAAUGCCAGUGUCUAGGAACGGUCUGCAGCUUCUGGAACAGCUUGCAGAGGUGCCAGAUGUCUUUGUAAGGUUUAUUAAGGAGUUUGCAGAAUUCAAAAUGAAUACUUCUAUAUAGUAAAUCUAUUCAACUAUGUGACUGAAGAAAAGGUACCGCAGGAUGAAUGAAUUAAGCUUGAAAACAGUAAAUUGGGGAUAUCUACACAGAAGCAGCUAAGAGUUCAAUACCUUACAAGUGAAGCAGCAUAAAGGAGCUAUAGUGAAGUUUUUUAUUUAGGAGGCCACAAAUGAAACUUUUGUCUUUAGUAGCUUUCAUUUUUAGCCAAAUACAGUCUGAGAAGCCUGUUCAGAAUUAGCAUCUGUAAAAGUAGAUGCUAGUUAUCCAUUAUUUCAUUGUGGUCCUGGGUUUUCUGAUUAUGUAUUACAGAAACUUAAUGUAGCUUUUUGAGCCUGAUCAUAGAUCUUAGAGAAAGUUUUAUCUUUUCUAAGUGCAACUGAUACAUUGGUAGAAGUUUAGCAGGAGGAGGGCUCAAGGAGUUCUAGAUAUGACCAAAAACCAGAACCUGGGACUGCUGUGUAAGAAUGCUUAAAGGGAGAGAUGCUUUGGUGCUAUCAAGAGACAUAAAUUUCUUUCUUAUAUUAGUUUGUUUGUAGUAGCACUUCACUUCUUGUAUUUGUAUCACUAACCACUAUAAUCUAGUGUUGAUUUUUAUUUUAAAGUUAUAGGAGAAGCUGAGUAACUGUCCAAAAAGAAAAAGAAACCAAAUAAAAGAUAGGGACAGGUAAUGAUUAUAAAUAAACCUUUCAUUUGCAUCUGUUACCAGUGUCCUUCCUCAUGCAUAAGCCUAGAAUGUUCCAGCAGGUGUUUUAGCGAUAAUUCCUUGGGCAAAACUUGGACCCUCUGUAGGACAUAAACAUGGCUGCUGUUUUUCCCACGAAUGCAGUAAGCAAGCAGCUGAAUUUAUUCAUGGAUGUUUUUAAGAGUAGCCAACAUAUUACUGUAGGCGUUUACAUAGAUACACGUUGUGGUGUGUGUUUUAGAGUUUUAUUGUUAGAUUUCACAAGUUUAAUGUUUGAUUUUAUAAGUUGUAGAGUUAGUUUAAGAUGGUGCUGUUAGGGGAUUUCCCGGGUUCCCUCCCCAAUCCAAGUACAGUUAACUGCCACUCAUCCAUGACCAUGUCAACCCUCCCCCUUUCUUUUUCAAUUUUUGAUGUCCAUCUUGAUGUUCCCACCUAUGUUUCCCUGGCAACCCCCCUGCCCAUCACCCUCUCUCCACUCCCCAAGUCCAGAAAGUUCUCCCGGGGAUGAGGGGUGAUUGGGUUAGGGUGGGGGGCCACUCCCUUGUUGUGUUUCUAUUUGCUAGCCGGUUGCCACUCUUGUUAUGUUCUGUAUUAUGAUUGGUCUUGUAUGAGUUUUCCCUCCCCUCGGGCUCUGUAUAACUGCCCCAACCGAGGGGAGGGCUUGGGGCAGUCUUCUGUACCCUCCGCACCCUUAACUACCUUUCCCUUCCCAAUAAACCCUUCCCUGCUACAGAAGACUGUCUGGCUCCUGGAUCUUCUUUCCUCCGUUGCUCCCCCGAUUGCUGCUGCGCUCAAGUCUCUAGUCUCUCUGGGACGCCUUCCUUGGCCAUCGACGCCAGGAGGUCCCAGGCAGCCGGCGGGUUGCACUGCCCUGGGCUGCUGCUGAACCCGCUGGCCCAACCAGGCUGCCGGCUUGCUCGCAUCUCUUUGCUCUCAGCUCUGCUGUGGAGCGUGCCGGGCUUGAACAGCGAGCGACCGCAGAUACAGCUUUUCCCAUUGCAGUCUUGAGAGAAAGCAUUCAGAAAUUAAUACCUGGUAGUGCAGUACAGAUUGCUUACUAUGGAAAGAUUGUAUGAGUACUAGAAUUUGAUAUUUAACUUGUCUUUCUAGAAUAUAGUAAAUAAAGCAUUAUCUUUUUAACCUAAGGUGGUAUUGUUUUUAUUAAAUUUAACAGUGUAAAUAACAGGUGUUAAUAAUGGGCUUGUAUCCCCUGUGAAGGAGUAAAUGGGCAGCACACCUUGUGGAAAUUGGAGGAUACAGAAUAUUCUACCACCUCAGUUUGCUGCCUUAGAAUUAUACCUUAAAUUACUUCAAGAAGAAAAAGUAAAUCUUUGCAGCACAGCAUUACUGUAAAUUCUUCUCCUUAUGCAUAAUGUAACUCCAUGAAACUUCUCUUGCAUUUAAUAAAGAUCUAAGAAAUUGCUUUAUUUUACUGAAUGACUGAUGGAAGGGAAAGUGGUUUCCCUGGCUUGCCACCACCUUUGUGUCAUGGGUCAAAAAGAAAUUUCUCCAAGCAGUGGUGGUUUAAAGGACGGGGUGUUAUCAAAAGUACUUUCAGCAUUUAUUAGAGUAUGCUUUAAAACCCUGUGCAGAAUUGGAACAGCAGUAGGCCUUUAACUAGGAGGAAAAAUUUUACAUAC